UCUCGCGCCAUCUCCCGGGGAAAAGAAGCUGAGGGGCGGUGGCGGCGUCGGUGUAACGUUGCUUCGCUGGCCUGUAACCUCAAUGGUCCACAUCUAGACUGAAGACUGACAGUUGGACCCGACAGGACAGGAUUGCAUUCCAUUACCAUGACCACAGAAAAGGGAUUGCCCAUGGAGAUGAAGAGUACCAUGGAGGGUGAUGUCAGGAGGACCAAUCAGGAUCAUGACAGUAAGACGUCAGAUGACCAUCAUGGGGACAUGGAUGACAGCUCAGAGAAGACCCCCAGCAAAGCAUCAAAAUCCCCCCAGAAAUCUUCCAAACGCCCCAAAACCGUUCCUGUCAAAAUCUCCCUACUUGACGGCUCAGAGUAUGAAACUGGAGUAGAGAAAUUUGCCAGGGGGCAGUCCGUGCUGGACAUGGUCUGUGGCCAUCUGAACCUGCUGGAGAGGGACUACUUUGGCCUGACGUUCUAUGACACAGACAACACCAAGAAUUGGCUGGACCCGUCAAAGGAGAUCAAGAAGCAAAUCCGAAUUGGCUCAUGGCAUUUCGGAUUUGCUGUCAAGUUUUAUCCCCCUGACCCAUCUCAGCUCACUGAAGACAUCACCAGGUACUACCUGUGUCUACAGCUGAGGGACGACAUGCUGUCCUGGCGUCUGCCCUGCUCCUUCGGGACCUACGCCCUGCUAGGUUCUUACACGGUGCAGGCGGAGCUGGGUGACUAUGAGCCAGAGGAACACGGGCCAGACUACAUCAGUGACUUCCGUUUCGCCCCCAACCAGACGAGGGAGCUAGAGGAGAGGGUGAUGGAGCUUCACCGCAACUACAGGGGAAUGAGUCCAGCGGAGGCAGAGGUGAACUUUCUUGAAAAUGCCAAGAAGCUUUCCAUGUAUGGUGUAGACCUGCAUCAUGCCAAGGAUUCAGAGGGCAUUGACAUCAUGCUUGGCGUCAGCGCCAACGGACUACUCAUCUACCGUGACCGUCUGAGGAUCAACCGCUUCGCCUGGCCGAAGAUCCUCAAAAUCUCUUACAAGAGGAGCAACUUCUACAUCAAAAUACGCCCCGGGGAGUAUGAACAGUUUGAGAGCACCAUCGGCUUCAAGCUGCCCAACCACCGGGCUUCCAAACGCCUGUGGAAGGUCUGCAUUGAACACCACACCUUCUUCAGGUUGGUGUCUCCAGAGCCCCCUCCCAAGGGCUUCCUGGUGAUUGGCUCCAAAUUCCGCUACAGUGGGCGGACCCAGGCCCAGUCGCGUCAGGCCAGUGUGCUGAUCGACCGGCCAGCUCCACAGUUUGACCGUUCGGUUAGCAAGAGGUACCUGCUGCCCCGCAGUGUGGACGGAGCCUCAGCCCUGGGAGACAGCAUGGACCAGCUGUCCCAGCGCAGCUCCAGUGAUCACACCCAGUUCCUGUCCAGAGAAGACCUGGAACAAGAGGGCAGUCUGGACCUAGACCAGGAUCAGGAUUACCAGGAACAAGACCAGGAGUACCAGGAUCAGGACGAGGAGACUGAUGGUUUUGCCGCGUCCGCCAAGACCAUGGAGCUGAAGGGUGAGGAGGCAGGCUCGCCAGUAGACUCAAAGCUUGAGUCGGACCAGGAUCUGGCCAACCCACGCCCCCAACAGGAGCAGCAGUUCCUGGACAAGCCCGAGGAUGUCCUGCAGAAGCACCAGGCCAGCAUCAAUGAACUAAAGAGAGCUCUCAGGGAGCCCAACAGCAAGCUGUCACAGAGGGAGAAACGCUUGUCCACAGCCACGCCCCCUGGAGGCACCCCAGAGAGGAAACAGGACACCCCUCCUACACCUGCCAUUCAUGAGGAGCCUUUUGACGAAGCCAUGAGGGAGCCGUGGGAGCGGCGGUUGGGCUCAGUGUCAGAGGACGACCAAGACCACGAGACCCUGUACCUGAAGGAAACCCACCUGGGCAUUGAGCGCAAGUGCUCCAGCAUCACAGUCAGCUCUACGUCCAGCCUGGAGGCCGAGGUGGACUUCACUGUCCUCAUGGACCUCCAUACGGGCAUGGAGGAGUUCUCCAGGGGCAUGAUGGAGCUGGGCGAGAGGCCCAUGUCACCUGAUGUGGGCCUCAGCCUGAGUAUCGACCUGCAGGGAACCCCGCCACCUCUCGUCUCGGCUCCUCUCACCGGGGCUAGCAGCAGCCCUCCUACCAAGCAGCUACACACCGAAGACGUCCGACAUCAUGAGCCUGUUGUGCCCAGAAAACCAAAGAGGUCAGUUCCCAUCGACAGAGACCAGUCACAGAAAGAGACCACUUACUCAUCCCCCAUGACAGCACUGAGCAGAGAGGCUAGUGACGUCGUCGCCUCCCAUGCACUAAGGAAGACUGAGGCCAAGAUCGACAGAGACCAGUCACAAAAAGAGACCACUUACGUGUCCCCCAUGACAGCGCUGAGCAGGGAGGCUAGUGAUGUCGUCGCCUCCCAUGCACUAAGGAAGACUGAGGUCAAGAUCGACAGAGACCAGUCACAAAAAGAGACCACUUACGUGUCCCCCAUGACAGCACUGAGCAGAGAGGCUAGUGAUGUCGUCGCCUCCCAUGCACUGAGGAAGACUGAGGUCAAGGUCGACAGAGACCAGACAGUGAGAGAGACCACUUACGUGUCCCCCAUGACAGCACUGAGCAGAGAGGCUAGUGAUGUCGUCGCCUCCCAUGCACUGAGGAAGACUGAGGUCAAGGUCGACAGAGACCAGACAGUCAGAGAGACCACUUACGUGUCCCCCAUGACAGCUCUGAGCAGAGAGGCUAGUUGUGUUGUCGCCAGCCACGCAUUGAGGAAGACCGAUGUCAAGGUCGAGACACAGCCCAAUGGGUCAGAGGUCACUACAACCAUCGUGGAGUUUACAGAUCAGGAUCAUGGUGUGACUGUAAGCAGUACAGGCGAGACUUCUUAUUCAACAACAGAAGGUGUUUCCCCUGUGCACAUGUGUACGUUGGGAAGAGAGGCCUCUGGAUCUCCAAUACUUGUUACUGAGAAUGUUACCUCUGCAACCACGCAUGUCACCAAGACGGUGAAAGGGGGCUAUUCAGAGACCAGAAUUGAGAAGAGGAUCAUAAUCACAGGAGAUGAUGAUGUUGACCAGGAGCAGGCCCUCGCUAUUGCGAUACAGGAAGCCAAGCAACAGCAUCCGGACAUGUUGGUCACCAAGGCAGUAGUUGUCAAGGAAACAGAAUCGUCCACUGAGGAUCCACAUGGGACAUCUUAGUCCUGAUUCCUGGGACAUGAGCGCCCCCCUCAGGAGCAGACCUGUUGGUGCCUGAGCUACCUGAGACAACCACACUGCUGUACCACCCUGACCACUGCUAGUGGGGCUCCGACACACACAGCCACACACGUUUCAAUCCCUCACCCUUACUACUCUUGCCCACUGGGCCAACCCAUAUACUUCCCUGUUGUCUACCAUAGUAACAGGACUCCUUUAAAUCCAACCCUUUAUUUAUGAACCUUUGCUCUGGCGGUGAUAUGGUGAAAUAUAGCCUCUUAGAAUCUGAGAGUGAAAUACUUACAUACUCGUCUCUAGCAUGUUGGCUCAGCAUUCCCGAACAAUCACAUUACAAGUCAAAAUGUUGAAAACACUUCAACUCACUUUACCUGUUGUCCAAUUAUUAUUUUUCCUAUGUCAGAGGUAAUCUGAUACAACAUAUCCAUAGGGGAACGUUAUCAACCCGACCUUCAGUACGCUGGUCUGUAUAUUUCCGGUUUGUAUUUUCAAUACUGACUCAAUUUGCACGAGACAAACACUUAAACAAUUUGUCUGAACCUAAUCACAGACCGAACGGCAAACACUUCCAGCUGAUUACGAGGAAACGUGCUUCGGUUGACAACAUUUGGUUACAUUGUUUAUUGUUUACAUAUUGUGCAUCACGUGAAAUGCAUCACAUGAUUGAAAAUACUCACCGGAAUUACAAGCCGACAUAGCCAUAUACCUACCGGCGCCCCAGAAAGUUGGGCUAAUAGUACUUUCCUGUGGCCAUUUUAUCUCCACUUCCAACCGCCAAAAAGACAACUGGUAAAGUAUGUUUAAAUAUAAUUUUAUUCAACAUUCUGUCUGGUAGAGACUAUUGCGUCUUUUUUACAGCGACUUCUUUCAGACUGAUAGCCAUGGAGUAACCAUGGUAACAGCCUGAUAUUUAGACAAGGUGAAAUACAGACAUGGAUGGCUAGAUAUGGAAAUGUCAUAAAUGAUGGCAGUCUUGGUACUAAGAAAUAACAGGUUGAAUGACAAAAUAAUGCUAGAAUUCCUUGUUUCACUGCUGGAAAGUUUCAGUCUACACCUAGUACACUUGUCUGCACUGGUCUCAACACUCAAGCCAAACAACUGGGUUUUGACUAGAUAGGUUAGGAUAAUUAAUGUAGCAGGUUAGGAGAAUUAGGCUAAGGUUAGGUUAAGGGUUAGGGUUAGCUAAAAUGCACAUAAUAAAACUUGUCCCCAGGCUCGAAUUUCUGGAACAUAGAGCCUGGCAACAGUGUGGGACUGUGAAGGGGUGUAGAUUUACUGAGUGACAUGAUAAUCAAUUCAAAUUCUGAGCAAAUCACACGACUAUGAGAUGUGGUUCCAAAUCGAGGGGGAAAAGUAUUUGUUAUGGUGCACCAUGGAAAUAACUCCCCAUAACCCAGGUAGUAGGAACAUAUCGACGUUCAUGCUAACAGCUAGCCAUAGCUUUGUUACACACAAACACAAAAACAAUACUGUCCCCCCGAAUGCAGCACACUUACGGGGAGUUUCUAAGGGUUGCACUAAAUGGUGAUGGACUGAGAGAUCAGCCAAUUAAAACCAGUGGUUGUUUCUCCGCUCCUGCCAUAGGCUUCCAGUCAAGUCCUUUUCUGAGGUGCUCGGAAACCAGACGGUUCGACAGAGAGAGCUAGCUGGUGGGCGAGAUUAAUUUGAUAUAAGCUGUAUCCUAUCUAGACCACCAAACUGUUCUCAGCUUGCCUCUGCAUAGUAUCCUCUAAGGAAAUUAAAUGGGAAGGUUUUUGCCUGAAUGUCAAGUGGAUCCAAAUCUUAGGAGCUGUUGUCUCUUUGAUGUGCUCAUCCCAUCAUAUCACUUUAGAGUCUCACUGCCGUCACAACCCACACCAAUGCCACACUUGAAGUGCAGGACAUUUUUAUUACAGGGGUUCUUAGUAUGAGAUAAUCUGGCAGACUAUAGGACUACAAUGUGGUCCAAAGUCCUACUAAGUAAAUUCCACCCACCAUUCUAGACCUCAGAUCCAACUCUAAUGCCUACUGAGGCCUAGAUUAAAUCUGGACAGCAGAAAAUCGACGCUAAAGCACAAUUGAAAUUUAAAGGCAAUGUUCCCGGAUUCGCUGAGACUACAUUAUCUGUAAACGCUGCAAACAGUAUGUCGGCUCAAUUGUAAAUUACCUUUAUAUUUUAAUUGCGCUAUAAUGCGGAUCUUGAUUAAAUCUAGAGUGUGCUUACAUAUCUACGUAGUUUGUCAAGAGAAAAAAAACGUGUAUCCAUUAGUUGUAGGUCCAGUACUGUUGACAUGCAUGCAGUAAAGCAGGUUUUCAUGAACAGGAAAACCUUCCCUUAGUUUUACAUACUCGCUAAACCAGCAAAGUCCAUAACUGUGCUUUGGCCCAUUUCUGUAACAGUGAGAAUGGUUAUGGGAAUGCCAGAGGAUACACAGAUUGCAGGAGAUUUGAGAACAGUAGGCUACUCUGCACCAGCGAGGUCCGUAAAUCGCGGCGCUGGUUUGGUGGCACUAACUCGACGAUGCCAAAUGUGCCAGAGUAGAGAAAGGGGCACCACAGCUAACACAGAAAGGUCAAAGUUGAACUUUUCUUCCUGCAAUGGCGCAUCCUCACCAUCAUACAACAGAGGAGAAGAGCUGUUGAAACUCUCGGAUAAAUAAUCUUUCUCAAGAUAUCUUGCUUUUUCUUUAACCCACAAUUCGGGCAUUUGGCUGACAUCUUGGCAGACCCUACCUUGAACUCUUGCAAUUGGGCAUUUUUGUUUUAAGAACACAAUUGACGUUACUGUAUUAUGAUGAUGGUUUACUUGUUAUUGAAGUUGAUCUGUGUAGACAUUUGGAUGUAUAUAAAUGGAGCGCUUAUGAACCUCUGAUCAAUAGAAUGUGCCUGUUGGGUAUUUAUAAAAAUUGUGAAAGUAUAAAUUCUGAGCAUGUUACUGUUCUAAAAUGAUCCAAGGUCAGGUCCCCUUCCAACCGUUAGAGAUACAGUCACUUUCUGCUGUUAUACUGUGGCUAUCUACAGUAGGACAUAUUAAGAGAUUCACAUUAGAACCUUAUUAAGUAUGCCAAAUUAGCUACCUUUUAAAUGAAACAAGUAUUUUAGAUAAUGUUUGCAUGAUACAGACAUUCAUUAUGAAAUUAAAUUAAACCACUAGAAUACCUACAGUAUAGAUACAAUGUUAUAGUAUUAUGCAAAGUAGAAGAGACCUUAAGGCAGUAUGAAAUAUCACAGUAGCUAGCUACAGUUGAAGUCGGAAGUUUACAUAAUGACACAAAGGAGUCAUUAAAACUUGUUUUUCAACCACU